AUGGCCACAAUAAACCCCCUCGGACUUAGCGCUGGCGGUGGCGAGCGAGUUAUAAGCGACCGUUGCAGAUCCUCCCAUGAUAUUUUCUUCGAUGCUUUCUUGAUUCAACAACGCAGAUCUGGGUUUGAAAAGGGAGAACUGCGUGGAGAUGAGUUGGGCGAAAUCGAUUCUCUACUUCGCCGGGUUCCCACUCGGCGCCCCGCUCGAGAGCUUGCUGGACAGGACAAUUUCCGCAGGGCAAAAUGGAUUCUCUACUUCGCCGGGUUCACCCCUCUCGUCACCAUCUACGUCGCCGCCUUCUACACAAGGGUUGUCGGCGCCGCCAUUACCGAGCAGCGAGAAGUAUUGGGAAGAACACUUGGGGUAAGUUGUGCCUCUGAUGACUCCGAAGUUCUACCUGGUCCUUGGAGGGUGUAUAGAGGAGAUGCCGUGAAGUCCAACAAUUAG